AUGAAGUCCUUCGUUGCCGCUUCCCUUCUUGCUCUCAUCGGCGCCUCUGCCGCCGGGCCAUCGAACCUUCGCUUCGCCAAACGUACCAGCCCAAAUGGCUGCCCCGCCGGCGACCCAGGCCAAACGGGCGUUAUCAACGCGAUUAAUGCAUGGAACAAUGACGUCGUGACCGUCAACAGCUUUCUCGACUCAAGCAUCACUGUGCUUGACGACCCCGCGCAGGUCGUGGCCGCGCUACAGACCGUCAUCCCUGCGGCCCAGGACGAGCCGAAUCAAUUGCAGGUUCUUGCCUGCGAGAGCGAUGUCAUCGCCGGAACGGCGGCUCAGGCUGCGGUGGAUGAUCUUGCUGCUGGGUUCAAUGAUAAUGUGCUUGUUCCGCUGACGAAUAUCAUGAACGGCGCAGAUGAUGCGGAUACGGUGAACAGCAACUUGCAGACCAUCAACCAGUUCCGCUGCUGUCAUGUCCUGCCAGAUUUGGAUACCCUUUGGUCUUCCACAGCUGAGGAUGAGGGCGUCGCGGACCAGGUUCCUCUUUCUGCGCCACGUCCGGGGGCGUGCAGUAUCAUCACUUGUUAA